AUGCGGGGCGGGGAGCGAGAUGGGGGCCUUGCGGCAGGCGCACCUGGACAGGGCGGGAGCCGGCGCCGGCGGGCGGGGGCUGGGGGCGGAGGUGUCGGGGCGGCCGAGGGUGGCGGGGAGAGGCCGAGCCAGGCGGCACCCGGCCGAGCCCACCCAGACGCCCAGACCCCGGCCGCCUCGCCCCAGACAUUCCGCCCCGGCCGCUGGAAUGCGCGGACAAGGCUCCUUGUGGGCCCCGGGGCGGGGUCCCCCCCCUGCGCCCCCCGCGCCCCCGGGGCGGGGCCUCGCGCCGCGGGACCUUUAAAUGAGCGGCGGGGGCGGGGGGCGCGCAGGACUCAGACCCGCGUGGACGGAGCGAGGCCACCCGAGCCCGCCCCCACCCCCAUGGCGCGCCACCUCCCGGGACCCGUCCUGCUGCUGCUGCUGCUGCUGCUGCCGCCGCCCCCCGCCGCCCCCGGACUCCUGGCCCGGCCCGGCGCCCGGAGGGUGGGGACCCGCGGCCCCGGGGGCAGCCCCGGACGGCGGCCCGCUCCGGCCGCGCCCACCCGCGGCGAGCCCUACUCGGGAGGCGGCCAGCCCGGAGUGGCCCGCGGCGGCGCAGGUGUGUGCAAGAGCAGGCCCUUGGACCUGGUGUUUAUCAUCGAUAGUUCUCGGAGCGUCCGGCCCCUCGAGUUCACCAAAGUGAAAACCUUUGUCUCGCGGAUCAUCGACACACUGGACAUCGGGGAGGCAGACACGCGGGUGGCAGUGGUGAAUUAUGCCAGCACCGUGAAGAUCGAGUUCCACCUGGGGACCCACACAGAGAAGCAGGCCCUGAAGAAGGCCGUGGCUCGGAUCACGCCUCUGUCCACGGGCACUAUGUCAGGCUUGGCCAUCCAGACAGCGAUGGAUGAAGUCUUCAAUGUCCAGGCAGGCGCUCGGGGACCCGGUGCCAAUAUCCCCAAGGUGGCCAUCAUCGUGACAGAUGGGCGGCCUCAGGACCAGGUGAACGAGGUGGCCAGCCGGGCACGGGCAUCUGGCAUUGAGCUCUAUGCUGUCGGAGUGGACCGGGCAGACAAGGAGUCCCUUAAGUUGAUGGCCAGUGACCCUUUGGAUGAGCACGUCUUCUACGUGGAGACCUACGGGGUCAUCGAGAAACUUUCCUCUAGAUUCCAGGAAACCUUUUGCGCUGUGGACCUUUGUGUGCUUGGCACACACCAGUGCCAACAUGUGUGUGUCAGUGAUGGGGACGGCAAACACCAUUGUGAGUGCAGCCAAGGGUAUUCGCUGAAUGCUGACAAGAAGACAUGUUCAGAGAUUGAUAAGUGUGCUCUUAACACUCAUGGGUGUGAACAUAUUUGUGUGAACGACAGAACUGGCUUUUACCAUUGUGAAUGCUAUGAAGGCUAUUCCUUGAAUGAAGACAAGAAAACUUGCUCAGCUCAAGAUCAGUGUGCUUUUGGUACACAUGGCUGUCAGCACAUUUGUGUGAAUGACCAAACUGGGACCCAUCACUGUGAAUGUUUUGAGGGCUACACUCUGAAUGCAGACAGAAAAACAUGCUCAGCGCGGAACAAGUGUGCCCUGGGAUCUCACGGAUGCCAGCACAUCUGUGUGAAUGAUGGAGACGCUUCCUACCACUGUGACUGCUUCACAGGCUACACCUUGAACGAGGACAAGAAGACGUGUUCAGCCAUUGAAGAAGCACGGAGACUCAUCUCCACAGAAGAUGCUUGUGGAUGCGAGGCCACGCUGGCAUUCCAGGACAAGGUCAGCACAUAUCUGCAGAGACUCAACACCAGACUUGAUGACAUUUUAGAGAAACUGCAAGCAAAUGAAUAUGGACAAAUACAUCGCUAAAAUGCUAGAAAUUUUCACCUGAAAAUAUGGAAAGUUUGGAGUACUUAAUAACCCUUCUUUUGUACACUCCAGCGCAAUGAUAGGUACAUGAGUGUGCUGGUUCAGAAGUCUGAGAAACUCUUCUGAAAGAGUUUUUUUUCAGAAAAAACUUCUGAAAAGUUUUUUUUCUGAACUCUUCUGGAAAAGUUAUCAUCUUUAAAAUCAUUAUUAAGAGCAAAUUUUAGUGUUUCUAAGCUAUGACUGUGAAUGGUAGGAAAUAGUGUGAAAAGUUUGAUGUUUCUUAUUCACCAAUUGAGCCACUUAAUUUUAAAAUGCUUAUAUUAAUAAGGGCUGGAGUGAUAGCACAGAGGGUAAGGCGUUUGCCUUGCACACGGACUUACCCGGGUUUGAUUCCUGCGCCCCUCUAGGAGAGCCCAGCAAGCUACUGAGAGUAUCCAGCCCGCAGAGCCUGGCGCAUAUUCAAUAUGCAAAAAACAGUAACAACUAGUCUUACUCACAAUGGAGAUGUUACUGGUGCCCGCUCAAGCAAAUCGAUGAGCAAUGUGAUGACAGUGAUACGGUGAUAUACUAAUGAGCAUAUUUAAAAUGUUAACUUUGAAUCUAUUUUUUUCUCUAUCAUACUUAUAAACAUAAACCAGUUUUACUAUGGGAGUAUAAAAUAUACAAAGCAUGCAUAAAAAAGAUUAUAUAAUUGAGUGAAUAUAAUUUAAAGUAUUUAACACUCUCUUUGUUCACUUUUCUAGAAUAUUAUUAAAGUUUUUAUCAGAGGAUUUUUAACAUGCUCAAAAAUUGCUAAGACAGAUCAAGUGACCAUGUAUAUCAUUUUUAUUCAUUCUGAUGUUAAGAAGAAAUAUACAUAUUUUUGUAUAUGCAUAUACAAAAUUUAAGACUUUAGUUGUGAAUUAAGUGUUUUAACUUUUUGCC